AUGAAGUAUACAGUUUUAGGUUUUCAGUUUCCGUUUAAGGUAUGGAUUUUGGAGGCAUUUCCUGAAGCUUUGAGGUUUGCGCAUCACACAGAAAAUGAAAUUCCAAGAAUGAGGGCAUGGAGAAUAAAAACACAAUUGUCUUGCGAGCAAUGUUUACGUAUAUUAGACGUUUCAGUGGAAAAUAACAUCCCACGUGAUUUUGAACCAACGCCUGUUGAGAUCCAUUUGCCAUUCUUUGUGCGUUAUGUUUUAAUUCCAAUCAACAUACCACAACUGCAUUGGUAUUUGGCUGAUUUGGAUCUCCUUACAUGGAAAGUGAGCAUAUAUGAUUCAGCUGAAUGGUGUGGUUUCUUUAAAAAAUAUGCGGGUGACGGUAGUUUCAAAUCGUUGGGAGAUAGUAUAUUAAGUGAACUAGACCACAUAUCAUAUUGGGCCCAUUUUCCCAAUAGACAGAAACCUACUGAUGUGAAAUUCGUUAAAGCUAAACAUGUGCCGCAUCAGGAAAAAGUAGAAGAAGGAGAAAGAGGAGAUUGUGGAGUUUUUGUGUGCAUGUUCAUGGAAAUGCUUGCAUCGAGUGUACCAGUGGAGACACGUCAAUCACCUAGAGAUACGGGAUUUACUUACCGUAAUAGGAUGACAUAA